AUGAAUGGGAGCCAGAUUAGACUUGAAGUGGUCAGCAGGGUGCAGCCCGUCAUGGCUCCGGCGGGAAGUCCCUUCUGUGAAUGCGGGUUCUUCAUGUGGAACACCUGCGUUACACUGGUCUUGGUGCAAAAGUUGCAGGGCUUUCAGGCUUAUCAAGGCUUCUCCAUGCUUUUCCAGCUGGACCGCUGUGAAGCCAAGUUUUGGUGUUCCAUCACUCGGGUGCUUUUGGAAGGUUUUGGAGUCUUCCGAACCCUUCCGAACGGGGUUUGGGCGCAAGAAGCCGCGUUUUUCUCGGUGCCGCCCGCGGGGUUUCUCUACUUCACCACGGCAGUGGCCGGCAGCAUCGGAUUUCAGCUCGGUUUCAAAAGCCUGGAGGACUUUCUGACUUGCAUGUUCUCAAUUUUUCAGUUUUGCGCUGGCGCGGGGUUAGCUCCGCCGCCGGAGCUCCAGGGCCAGGCGUUUUCAUUUGAAGCAGUGGCCGCUUCCUUGAAGUCCUGUGGCCGAACAUCAGCUUGGAACAAACCCACAGCUGUGCUAGGCUUGAAAGCGAAGGGGAGCAAGGAUGUGAUUUUGCUGGGAAAGGCGACCUUGUGCAUCAUUUUCUCCUUAAGUUUUCUCUCUGCAGCCGACUACUUUUCGAGAAAGGUGCCUGGCUUGCAGUUUCACGCCCUCACGCGGCGAGCCGCUGCGGCGUUCAGCGGCUGCCCCAUGGCGGCGCCACCGACAGCUAUGGCAAUACCCUACCCUUUGGAAACGGUGCCUAGCUUGGAGGUCAGCGAGGUGGAGGAUUCCAGCAUCGUCUUGCAGGCCAUCAAGGGACUCCAUGAUUCCCUCACCGCCCAACUCGACCAGUUGGAUGCGAAAGUGCAGCGUUUGGCCGACGAGCGACCCGCGCAUUUUCUUCGGCGACGAUCUUCCACUCCAGCUCUACUGAAGUCGAAAUCGCAGGCGCAGGCUGCGAGAGGAAAGGAUGGCUUGGCGAUGCAAGUGUUGCAGAUGGACAUCUCGCACUCGGGUGCGCCCGUGUCAUCUCGCAGCUUGAAGUCUUCGAUGUCCUUGCGUGGAAGACUUGAGACCCAUCACACGACUCGACCGGCGACUUCAGAGGGACCGAUCGCAGAAAAGGUCAAUGUAGAACAUGCCCUUGGCAUUGUGCCACACGCAACGCCGCUCGGUGCUGCUGAGCUCCCUGGUGCUGCGGAGGAUGCUGCGCAGCUUGAUGCUGCCGAUGGGACGGGCACGAACCGAGAGGUGCUGGACACACUGACGGACAGCGUGGCCGUGGCAGGGCAUGAGUUCACGGGCGCAGUGCAGCAAGACUCCACGGAUGUGAAGGAAUCGACCACUUUCUCCAAGGACGAGGAGACGAUACCACAACAGGAGCCCAGCCGCACGCACCACGCCGCGCGUGCCCAGAAUUCCUCUGGGAACCUGGGUGCUCCACCGAAGAAAUCCCGCGCUUGCUCGGUGAAUAGUGUUGGCAGCCUCAGAGCCAGUAGGGGCUCCAGCGAGAGACUUGAGAAGGCUGUGAACAAUGGAAAUUUGUCCGAAGUCUUCAAGGUGCGAGAGGCAGAACUCACUGCGACUUUAUCCAAUCGCCGCUCUGAUACACAAUCGCCGGUGGAAGAAAGGUCCAAAGGCAGGACGGCCUCCAAGAGUGCCAAUACCCUCCAAGAGAUAACGAAUGAGGAUGCCGCUUCAGUCGAGGAGGAGGAGGUCUAUGAUUCAGACUCUUGGAGCUCGUGGUGGCUGAAUCUUCAUCGGCUUAACAUUUUUGUGGCCUGCUACGCAUCAAAGGCACUGGGACUUAUUCCCUUAUUCGAGAUUGGCUUUGAGAUGGACUGGAAAAGCCAGUGUCGCAGGUUAGUCUCACGUCUCUAUCACUGGCUGCUGAUCUUGUUCUUGCUUUGUGCUGUGAUCUACUCUGUGAUGCGCUUUGGCCAUUGCCGCAUGAGAGAGGUUGUCUUGGAUGGCGAGUUACAUGCAGAGGCCCACUGGCCGGCGCUGGCUGUGGACAUUUUCCUGUUCCUGGGAGCUUCCAUGGUCCUGAGCAGCUGGGGCGGUUUCAAGAGCUAUCAGGCCACGACAGAGCUGUUGGAGACCAGCUUGGGAGAGUUGACCUCCUAUUGUCAACAGCAUGGCUUGGCCACCGCCUGGAGAAUUUGGAGCUGCUCCGAUGCUGUUUGGGGGUUGCUACUCUGGUUUGCGCUCUUGCUUGGCCGCUUCGCGGUGUUCACUUGGAAUGUGUGGCACGUGGGCGGAUGGUGGUGGGGCAGCUUGCCCUUUGUUGCUGCGUAUUCCCUGGGCACCGGGGUUUUGGUGGUCGCGAGCUUCUGGCAGGUGCGCACGUCGCACGCGAUGCUCUUGAUCGUGAACUCAUGGAGUGCGUCGGUGCUGCGCCGGGACUUCAGCUGCAUCCGAUCCAAACAUGAAUGGAAACGCAUCAGCGGACUCUUCCGGAAGACCUCGCGGGCGUUCGAGCGGUGCUUCUCAGCCUUGGGGAUCACCAUCGUGAUGCUCAUCCUCUCAGCGCUCAUCGACCUCAGCCACAGGUGGGACGAGGAGAUUUUUGCCACCUUGGCCGUGGCCCUCUUCCUGCCGGGUGUCCUGUGGACCAAUGCAUCCACGACCACAGCUUGCAACCGACUGCCAUCUCUGGUGAUGUUGCUGGAAGCGGAUGAUGAAGAGGAGGAUGCGGAGUACAUGGACUUGGCCAUGUUUUUGCAUAUGAGAAGCUGGUCUUGGAAGCGGCCAUGCCCCAUGCGUCCAUCGGAAGUGGAGCUGCUUCGAUCGCCGAUUUGCCGCGCCUGA